AUGGCCGGUCUGGCUCGGGUCCUCCAGGACCGCUGCCCCUGCUGGUUUUCCAACCCUUCCCUGGAAAAGCCGAGCGACACACCUGAGAGAGAGUUGGAAAACCAGCAGGGCGGUGGCCCCCGAUGGAACCAGUUUGAGACCACUGGAUCACAGCAACACCGCCAUGGUAAAGAGAUGUACGCGAUAACAGCACUACUUCAUCCCUAUGUUGCUUCAACUGUCUCUAACUUCAUCCUAACAAAUGUUGGGAGGCUUCAUGUGACACAGAGCAGUGCUCAUAAAGGGGCUCUGGCGAAUCAGCUGUGUCAGGUCUGUUGUGCUGGUGCAAAGUCAGGUGGACGGGUGAAGGUAAAGGAACAGCCAGCAACGUCUGGCCGUCUGUGUCUGUGUCCAUUUCUCAUCCUCAUCCCUACAGGUCCGGCCCCAAAACGGACGCUGACGGACGCACCGUGUCCAGUUUCAGAGCUCCGCGUUCCGGUGCCGUGGGGAGAGAUCCGGGGUCGGGUCUGGGGUCCGGAUCACGGUCGUCCGGUUCUGUGUCUGCACAGCUGGGCCGAUAACUGCGGCUCCUUCAACACCCUCAUCCCUCUGCUGCCCAGAGAGUGCAGAUACGUGGCGGUCGACAUCCCAGGUCACGGCCGCUCGUCGUAUCGGCCUCCGGGCGUGUUCUACACGUUCCCCGCAUACGUAGCGGACGUCUGCAUGCUCGUUGAUGGUCUGCGGUGGACAAGGUUCUCCAUCAUAGGCCACAGCAUGGGUGGGAACAUUGCUGCCCUGUUCAGUGCUUUGCAUCCUGAGAUGGUUGAGGCCGUCGUCCUGUUGGACGCUUACGGAUAUAUACCCAUGCAUCCGAAAGAAAUACCCCAGUACAUGAGGCAGGGGAUCAAAGAGAUGCUUCAGCAUGAAAAACAGACGGAACAAAAGCAAAAGGUUUACUCAUAUGAGAAGGCAGUUGAGAGGAUGCUGGCUGCAAACCCAAAUAUGUCUCUCCAGUCUGUUGAGAACCUUCUGGAUCGAGGUCUAGUUCAAGUCGAAGGAGGAUUUGUUUUCUCCAGAGACUUCAAACUUAAUUUUAAGAACAUAUUUCGCACCAACUUUACGCUGUGUCUGGAGAUUCAGUCCAGGAUUCAAGCUCCUGUUCUACUUAUACUAGCAGACCAAGGUUUUGUUCUGACAUAUUCAAAAUCAAAUCAGCAAAAACUGAUCUCUCCAGUUGUUAAAGGGUGGCGUGACAGAAAUCACACAGUUGUGACCGUACCAGGCGAUCACCACAUUCAUCUCAAUCGUCCUGAAGUCGUCGCUCCACAUGUUUCCGACUUCCUGCUGAACAGUGUGUUGACAGAGCAGGUGCCAAACGCAGGGCUGUGAAGUCUCCCGUUCUCACUAUAAUGCUCUGUGACUUGAAUAAUUCAUGAGCAAACUUUCAGUUUUUCCACCACUGACACUGUAUUAUGCAAUUAUUGCAAUGUGAAGUCAAUAAAGCAAGGCAAAAGCA